AUGCCUCACACACGUGAUGCAAAGCCACAUGACACGCGGCCAGAAACACAAGGACACACCCUUGACUGGCACCCUGCGCAACGACCCAUCGUGAAACGAAGCAUCCAGAGGGCAUAUGCCCGAUCCCUUGACCAAGGGGUCGCCUGGUAUCGUGGAAAGUGCUACACACCUGCAGACUUUCCCAAACAAUUGCAAUUGACCUAUAAACCCAAACCAAAGGUGAUUCAGGCAUCACCGCAAUGCAUUAUGCACUGCAACAAGAAGCAUCAGGACGCCAGAAGGUUCAGAGUUCUCAACUGGAAUGCUGGUGGACUAAGCGUCCAUAAAUUGGACGCUAUCAAGGUUUGGCUACUUCAUCAACAGAUUGAAGCAGCCUUCAUCACCGAGACACGCUGGACCUUUGAAAGCACGUGGAUGGAUGAAAACUUUCAUUAUGUGCAUACUGGAAACCCUGAUGAACGAGGUGCCGGCAUCUUAUGCAUUCUUGCCAGAACCUUUUGCAGUGCCAAUCACCUGCGCUGGAGAACGGUGCAACCAGGCCGCUUGCUUCAUUUGCAAGCGCAAAUGGACAAACGCUGCAUUGAUCUAGUUGGGUGUUAUCAGUACACCACUGCCAACACUCGGGCCAGAGCCAUUGCCAGAACACAAUUUUGGGAGCAUCUGGACCAGUUUUUGCAUGGGUUGGUUCUUCGCAACAUUUUGGUCCUGGCAGGAGACUUCAAUUGUGAUUUGCUGCAGCCUGCAUCGCGUAGUGGCCCUGCCCACUUCUCCUGGAGAAACACCCACACCUGCGGAGCCCAGCACAGUGAUAAUGGUAGGUUUACCUCACUCAUGCGCGAGCACAGCCUGACAGCUCUGAACACAUGGCACACCGGCCUUGGACCCACAUUCAUCAACGCAGAUGCAUGCUCACGCAUUGAUUUCAUAAUCACACGCAAACAUGUUGCUGAUGGAAUUUCAAAAGCAGAGACUCUGGCAGACUCUGGCCAUGCACCCAUGAUUGCACAGUUGCGCAGACAGUGGUACAACCCCAAGCAGCAAUCUUGGCAAUGGGGGGUCACGCCUGCACAGUAUGCCUUUCUCACUGAGAGAAUUGGAGACAGAAAUGUGCCGCAUACCGGCAUCCAAAGCAGUGGCGCGCCCUUGUGCCCCUGGCACAGCUUGGCGCUCUGUCGCAAUGAGCAUUGCACCGCUGUUGUAUGCCAGAUUGGAAGCAUGGUGGAACCGGCGCAUCCACAGUUCACCAUGCUGCCCAUUUGGGCAUACCUCCCCGGCAGAUCAACGCAAGAUGCGUUGCGACGAGACACAGCCACCAAGACGCCUUGGCCCAAAAUCGUGUUGCUCCCCCUGUUGCAUGGCUUCUGGACUCGAUUGACAGUCUACAGAGGACCGGAAUUUCUUGUGCAGCCUGCGGAAAGUGAAGUGCCCACUGCGCUUUACCAAUGCCAGCAGUGUGAUUUCAGCACGCCAGAUGUACUUCUUGCAGGCCCUGCUGGCUGCUGGAAACAACCAGAUCGGCCACUUGUCUCUGACCCGGCCCUGACACCAGCAAUGUUCACAGAUGCAAUGGACAACCCUGUCCGUGGAUGCCACCCAUUGACAGAUGCAGACCUUCGGAAUCUGUUGAAUCAGGAGUGGGGACGCAGAGUUCUCACCAUUGUGAGCUCACGCAACUGGCACCACAUGCUGAAGGAGACCGCUGCGUGUCAGUACCUGGCCAACAGAUGCUGCCUUUGUGACCAAUCCUUGGGACGCAUACAGGACCUGCACCGACACUAUAAGUUGCAACAUCCAGAAUACUGGCCACAUGUUCAGACAAAAGGCAUUCAGCUUAGCAACCUGCACACCAGUGAGGAGCCACCAUGUCGAUUCUGCAACUGGCCGUUCAAGACGAGCCACCAGUGCCCCAUAUGGCUGCAGUUGGCCAUGAUGCUGAUAUACGGCGGAGGUGUCCUGAACCCAGAGCAGCCACCGGCCAUUCAGCGAUGUGAGAUUUGCGCAGAAAGCUUUCCCAACAGUGAGUCAUUGCAUGUUCACCUGGUGACCGAACACCGCCUGAUCAGCAGCAGCUUCAACGCUGCCAGAGACAGCUUGGAGGGAGAACCGGUUUGUGCCCAUUGCAACACCAUGUAUGACAACAUGGAAUCCUUGCGGUCACACAUAAGCCAAAGCCGAUGCCUCAAUUUUGACCCUGCAUUGCCGACAGAAGUGCUUGAUGUAAGACCUGAAUGGAUUGCAGCUCUGUGUCAGGGUAAACUUGCAGAUCAUCUGCGCAAUGCACAUGUCAGACUCCAGCUGACUUUGCGGUGUCAGCACUGUCGAGCCAAGUACACUCGAUCAGCUGACCUAUCAGGUCACCUCCAAGCCUCGCAUGGAUCUCUAUGGUCUGCGGCUCAACCGCUCACUGGUCACCUUGUUGCCCUGCUGUACGAACAGACGGGCUGCUUAUGCAACCCUAGCAUCAGCAGUCAUCGCAGUCAUCACACGUGUCUUCCCCUGACACAGCUGUCGAUGCUUUACAUGCGCCUGACCAAACCCAUACUGUAUACCCAUGUCCCAACGGAAGAGGAAUUGGCCACCAUGUACUCCAGGCAUUUGCACAGGGAACUCAUAUUUUUGCUAGAGAAGGCAAUCACCGAAGGUCCCAUUGACAUGCACUGGAAGCAUUCUCAGUUGGUGAAGCUGCUGAGGGAUACCUGUGUGCUCUGCGCUGCUCCGAUGCACCCUGCAGACCUGGUCAUCCACUUGCACGAGGUGCACAACUGCAGACAGCCACUCAUCAAAUUUCUUAUUCAGCAACUCAUGCCACACUAUGUUGCGGAACAAGAAGGAGAUUUCCAAUGUUUUGCCUGUGCACAAGUGUACAAUACACCUGUGGCUGAUGACUCAUCUGACACUGCGGCAGCUCGGCUCCAAGUCACCCAGGCUCAUUUGAGAGCUCAGUGCCCGCAUUUGCUGCAGACUGCCAUUAUCCUUGGCAAAGCUGCCAGUGGCACCUAUGGACGACGCCGAAAUGCCAGACCAGACCGAGAUGACAGAGCAGAUUUGGACAGCCUUCCAGAACAUGGCACCGCUGAUCGACAAGCGCUGCCUCCCAAGAUCAACCUGGCACUGGCCAUGACACAGCUGGCAAAACUGGCCCUGCAAUUGGACAGGGAAAUGCAGCUGCUGAAGAAAGAGGACACAUUCCUUUUCUUUUUCGGCAACAAAGGGAGCGACAGCUGUCUUCACCUCCUCAUGCAGACCACGGAGACAUGGGCCCAGGAACACCAAGCCCAGAAGCAGGCCAAUCAGGCCACCACCAUGAUUCCGUUGAGGCUCAAGCUCAUGCAGGUGAUCUUCACAACGCUUCUGAAGAAGCUGGACCAGCUGGGGGCUGCCGCGCCGGAAUCGGAGCUGCUGCUCAUGGCCCAGAAGAACCUGGUGUUGCUGCCGGACAAGACUUGCCCCUACCUCGAGUGGGAUCACCAGAACAAGAGACUUCGGGCCAGCCAGAAACGGCCUUUGACUUUGAAGCAUGUGCACCAACUUUGCACCGAUAUGUUGGAGGCCCUGAGCGACAUCAACCUGGUGACCAAGUUCCACUCCCUGCCCAUCAGCAAAAACACAGAGACGACGACAUGGAAACUCCAACUCAGCUUGAGACAGGAUCAACCUUGGCAGCUGAUGCAGAUGCUUUCUCACUCGGCCAUCUGGCUGUUGAUGGGGGGAUCGCUGAAACCGCACAGUUUGACCCAGAGCCCAGUGGCACACCAGCUCCAACAUACCCUGGGCAUGUCGAACCACGGCAAAGGGAACAUUUGUUUUGCAAAUGCAGCCAUCCUUUCUUUCAUGUGGACGACGUUGUCCACUCAUCCAUGUGACUUCCAAUCCUGGGGAAAGCAACGACAGAUGCUGACAGACUUUCUUUUGGCUCAUCAUGACACGCAUGCCAAUUUAUGUGAACAAAGAUGGUUUCAAGAAAUUCUGCGUUGCUGGGGCAGAUUGCAACAGGAUGCUGAUCCUGGCCAGAUUUCACAACAGGAUGCUGCAGAGUUCAUUCAAGUCUGGCUGACCCAGCUGGACACCACUGCUUUUGACAUGCGGUGGGAACGGCGCUUGGAAGAAAAUGAUGGAGUUCAUGUUUUUGAUAACAGUGGACAACACACGCCAAUUUGCCUUCGAUUUGAUGACAGACUUGCUACUGCCCACUGCUGUGACAUGACCCAACUGAUCCUUCUUUGGUGCCAGGUCGACGGUAUGAAGACGGCUCUCCUGAAUGCGCCGCCCUGUUUGUGCAUCCACCUUGACAGAUGCAUGCCUGAUGACGCAGGACAGAUUCACAAGAGUGAGUGUUUGAUCAACCUUGACACCUGCUGUUUGAUGCCCCUCUUUCAGGGUACAGGACUCACGACAGAACCUGUGGAAUAUCAGAUAGUUGCUCUCAUGGCACACCUGGGCAGUGAUGGACAAGGCCACUACCGUGCAGCCUUGCGCAUAGCUCAGACAUUGAUCAGUGAAACGACCCCGGCGGAGUGGCUGCUGACAGAUGAUUGGACACACCCAGUGCCCACAUGGAGAGUCCCCAACUGGAUGAUUCGCACUGCCAACAUCUUCUGGCUGGUGCGCACAGACCUGCUUCAGCUGUAUCGAUAUGGCCUACGCAUGCCUCAAGGAGACAGCACCCAGACCAGCCAUGCAACACCAGAGACAUAG